CUUGUGUGGGAGUGGCUGUCUGUUGCUAAGAAAGAUCUCCCGGAAGUAGCCGCGUCCUCGUAUUUUCCAGACCAUAUUUUCUUGGCUUGUUUGAAGCAGCGCGUCUGCUGCUUGAUGAGCAGUUGGUUUGGUGACUUGUCAACAGAAACAUGGCUGCCUCUGCGUCCGGGAAAGCAUACCCAAACGAUAACGCUUCCACGGGCAGUCAAAAAUGCACCGAAGAGCCCCCUGCACCGACGCGGGAGAUUAUCAAACCGUCUAUCAUGGAGCUCACCAAAGAAGUGCGGACCAAUAUCCUAUGCACUGUAGAAGGAUGUGGCAAGAUUCUACCGAACACGCCAGCCCUGAACAUGCAUCUCGUGAAGUCCCACAGAGUAAAGGACGGCCUUGUCAACCCCACCAUCAGGAAGGACAUGAAGGGCUCCCAGAAGCUCUACUGUUGUCCCAUAGAGGGCUGUCCACGAGGCCCCAACAGACCCUUCUCCCAGUUUUCCCUGGUUAAACAGCACUUUAUGAAGAUGCAUGCAGAGAAGAAGCACAAGUGUUCCAAGUGCAACAACGGCUACAGCACAGAGUGGGACCUGAGGCGCCACAUAGAGGACUGUGGGAGGACCUACCGCUGCACGUGUGGCUGCCCCUACGCCAGCAGAGCAGCGCUACUGUCACAUAUCUACAGGACCGGCCACGAGGUCCCCACAGAACACCGGUAUCCACCAGUGAAAAAGCGGAAGAUGGAGAGACAGAUAAGUGGAGAGGAAAAAGUCAAGCCCAGUGAAUUCAUGUGUCAGAUCAUAAAAACAGACAGAGAACUUUCAGAGGACUCCCUCCCUGCAGACAGGGUCUGCCACAAUAACCCCCCUAAACACCUCCAGAAACUCCUCCUACCCAAGCCCAAAGUGGCUCUGGUGAAUUUCCCUGUGAUGCAGUUGGCCCAUCUCCCCGUCCUCCUCCCCUCCACAGAGAGCGGGGUUCUGAGGUCUGUGGUGCUGGCUGUGGACAGCCAGGGCUCCUUCAGCACCCUCCACCUCAUGCCCCAGUCCAUGGGGGCCAUGGUGCCUCACCUAGACCCGAAGACCCUGGGCUUCAGGGGCAGCAUGCCUGCCUCCCGCUCCAGUCUGGGGCCUGUCAGCAUGGGGGUGCAGGUAAGUCUGGAGUCAUUGGGCUCUGGCGAUGACCUAGGAGGGACCAGGGGGAGCAAUACCUCCACCAACAUCCAGACAGACAUCUCAUACUUGUCCAGGAUGCCUAUGGGGGUUGGGGUGGGGACGGAGAUGUGCUCCGUUGGUGAGUCGUCGGUCUCAUCGUGUUCUCAGACAGAUAUUAGUGUGAGUGCUCAGGUCCUGCUGCCGGUCAGUGUAGAGACCCAGACGUUCCCCUCGAAGGCCAAAGCCACCACCACCAUCGGGGCGCAGACAGAUACCUACACCCUCAACCAGCUGCCCUGCCCCUAUUCCUCCCCAUCCCAGUCCCCCUACAUUACCAAGCAGACCCAGACCAGACUCAUCCUGGCUGGGUCAGAAGAGCGGGCUCAGAUGGACCAGGCUAUUAUGUGCUCAGACCUCUUCGACAGUUACUCCCUCAGUGUCUCAACACAGACGGCACUGACAGACAGAAGCUUUAGAACCCACGGUGUAGACGACCCCCUCUCCUGUGUCGGUAACGGUCUCUAUGACGACGACAAGUCAGCAGGAGGCAUGUGUUUUGGCGUGCAGACAGACGAUCUCCAGUCGGGCAGCGUGGCUGACAACCAAACCCAGACCACCUUGGCUCUGUUCAACGACUUGGAGAAUAUCUUGUCAGGUCACUCUCUGUCCGGUCACCAGACGCAGAUGGAUCAUUCAACAGGCUGUGGGUCAGGUCUGGGCUCUGUUCAGGAACAGCACACGGGCAUCGACUUUGACUUUGAGGAAUUCCUGAACGCGGCCCACAUCCAGACCCAGACGGAGGAGAGCGAGCUGAGCGGUCUGGGGGCCGACACACCCCUGGAGGUCCUGGAUAUCCAAACCCAGACAGACUUCCUCCUCCUGGAAGGCCUGGGAAACAGUGAGGGGCCAGGCCGGAGCCAGGCCAGCGACCUGGAACUGGAGAUGUUUGACACCCAGACCCAGACGGACCUCAACUUCCUGCUGAAAGCCGGAGGCCACAUGCCACUGGGCAACAUUCUGCGACAGUCCAGCUUCUCCAUGAGCACAGAGUCCUCUGACACUGAGACACAGACCGACCUCCGCCGACCGCUGACACCAACACCAAACUUCAACACCCUUCCCUCUGUGUCCCAGGGUGACCAGGCCAGGCUCUUGAGCAGCACGGAGACUCAGACGGUGACCGACGCAUCUUCUGAGGGCCUUGGAAACCUCUUCCUGACCAGCAACGAGACCCAGACAGUCAUGGACGACUUCCUGUCAGCUGACAUGGCCUGGAACAUGGAGUCCCACUUCAGCUCGGUGGAAACGCAGACGUGUGAGGAGUUGUUUGCUCUUUCAGCACUCUGAGAAGCCCAUCAGCUGACCCCUCCCCCAGGUCCUGGGCUCCAACUCAUCAUCCUCUACAGUCUAUGUCCCUCUACUACUGGAGGUUUAGGUGUAGAAGUGAGCCGCCUUAAGAAGUCUUAGGACAUUCUACAGGGGGGUAGCAUGUCUAGGAUCUCCCUCAUGCUAGCUCUAAAGCACUUUAUUAUCAGUUCAUGGAUAUGAUUUCCCAUCCUUGUUUACAUGUUUAUUUGCACGUCUUACUACUUAAAUAUAUAUUUUGUCUGAAAAGCCAGUUUAGUCCGUUUUCAAAGUUUGAACACUGUUUGCUGUAAGAGAGUAUGUAAUGCCUUUUGAGGCUUUCCUUAAUCAUACUGCUGUUGAAUGACUUCCGGCAGUUUUGAUGUGGCACAAACGUAUUAGUGAAAUUCUAAAAUAGUUGCCACACUCUCAUUGUUGACAUGUGAUUAUGAAGUACAGUCUUGUAGAAUUGCCCCAUUGUUACAGGGCCACCCAGCUAUAAGCUGGGUCAUCGCGUUAGGAGACUAGCCUGUCAUCAUCUUUGACUUAUUCAUUAGCUGGCUGUAAGUAUAUAGCAGCACAGUGUGCUGAAGUGAUACAACACUGUAGAGAAACACUAUGAGGAUCUAGCUACUCACUAGUCACUGUGAUUACAUGGUGAUUGUGUAUGUCCACCACCACCAUAUACAGUGCCUCAAAGUAUUCACACCCCUUGAUUUUUUUCCACAUGUUGUUGUGACAAAGUGGGAUAAAGUGGAACAAAAAAUGGAAAAUAAAACGAAUAUGUCUUCAUUAAAUAAGUAUUCAACCCCCUGAGUAAAUGCAUGUUAGAAUCACCUUUCAAUUACAACUGUGAGUCUUUCUGGGUAAGUCUUUAAGAGCUUUCCACACCUGGAUUGUGCAACAUUUGCCCAUUUUAUUUUCAGAAUUAUUCAAACUCUGAUGAAUUGGUUGUUGAUCAUUGCUAGACAACCUUUUUUGGGUCUUGCCAUAGAUUUUCAAGUAGAUUUAAGUCAAAACUGUAACUUGGACAUUCGGGAACAUUCACUGUCUUCUUGGUAAGCA